AUGGUCAGCAUCUUGGAUACGACUUCACCUUCGAUUCAGCAGCAAACCUGUUCCUGCAAAGGCGAAUCAAUCUUGGGUCAAUGUCACUUCUUGUCACCACCCAACCGGGCGGACGAGCAUGGUCACUACAAAUGUAUGGUCGAACAUGCAGGAAAAGUCUAUACAAUCACAUGGCGCGGAUCGAUGAAUUAUCCUGAUGUUAUUGACUUUCUAAAUGAUGUGGAGUACAAAUGUAAAGAGAUUGUCUUCCAGCCUGCGAAACAGGAAGUUUGGUCUUCCUCGAAGCUUGUCAACUUUGGCGCCGACGCUGUCCUGAGAUGCUCACACAAAGGCCCAUAUCCGAUCAUCAAGCUUGCCCAUCCUGGGGACGAGUCUCGUCUGCGCAUUCAGCAUGAGUUCGAAAUCAUGAAAGCUAUGGCCUCCGUCGAACCAGCACUGCCAGUACCCAAGAUAGACCAACAUCUGCUGUCAGACGAGCAGGGCAUCUUUGGCUACCGAUUACGACUUUUGAAUAAGCUUGAACAGGACGAACUAGGACGACGUUUGUCAGACGUUAAGGACGCUAUAGAAUGCUUGCACAGGGCUGGAUUCUCGCAUGGUGAUUUGAACCCGAGUAAUGUCAUGAAGGACGACCAAGGCAAUAUAGUGCUCAUUGACUUUGGUUGUGCAGGAGAGAUUGGCAAGGAAUCUUCUAAGUCCGUGCCAACAUGGGUCUACCCAGGUCUGUUGGUCACUACAGACACGGACUGGAAAUCACUCGAACGAUUUACAAUUUGA